UUUUGAAAAUGCCAGUGUCCUGUGAGUCCUGAUCCUGACAGGCCAGACCGGCAGCUCUCAUUCCCUUCCGUCCGAUGCUGCAGGCAGCGUCGUUUGCAUAGAUACGUCCCUGCUUCCGGCGUUUUUUUAAUAACUCGCAGGCUAUGCCCGUAAUUCAAGUUAACUUUUACUUCCUUGUGCACACAGAUAGAGGAACUGACCGUUUUGCGGCUGAACUUUUUGUCAGCACUCCAGAUCCUCUCCAGCUUCAUUUCAUAACUUUCAAAUCAUGAUUCGAUAGAAAACCAGUGGAAACGGUGUCGAGCUGAAAAGAAUCGAUUUCACUUCAAAACUGCGGAAAUGGCUUGGUCGGUGCAGCAGGGUGAGAUGACCGAGUACAAGAGGACUGUGAUCAAACGGGACCUGGAGAUGGGCGUGGUCAUGACAGUGUUUCGGCAGAAGGCAGAGAGGCUCACUGUACAGGUCAUAAUGGAGACCCAUCAGGUGGCAUGGACACGCACCGCAGAUAAGACUGAUGGUGUCUUGGACCUGUUUGAGAUCAGAGAGAUCCGUCCAGGGAGGAACUCCAAGGACUUUGAGCGCUUUAGAGAUGGCAAGGACAAACACGAAGAGAAUACCUGCUUCACAAUCUUCUAUGGCUCACAGUUUGUUCUCAACACCCUCAGUCUGGGAGCUGAUUCUGUGGAGGAGGCUCAAAAAUGGCUGACAGGACUAGAACUGCUGAGGGAAGAGACACUGGCUGCAUCAACUCCAGUUCUUAUAGAGAGUUGGCUGAGGAAGCAGAUGUAUUCUGUCAAUCAGACAAAGACAAACAGCAUCUCCAUGAAGGAGCUGAAGGCUCUGCUUCCAUUGCUCAACUACAAGGCCCCCAGCUCUCGUGCUCUAAAAGAUCGAUUCCUGGAUGUUGGAGCAAAGAAAGAUCGCCUGGACUUUGAGCAGUUUCAUAAAUUGUACAAUCUUAUAAUGUUUGAACAGAAUGAGGUCCUUGAUGAGUUCAAAAACGAAUCCUGUGCUUUUAUUUUGGGUAACACAGAUAGACCAGAUGCCUCAGUAGUUCUGCUCCAUGACUUCCAACGAUUCCUCAUGUACCAGCAACAGGAAUCCUGGGCCAGUGAUCUGAACCGGGUCAGAGAGCUGAUGACUACCUUUAUUGAUGACACCAUGAGAAAAACCAAUGACCCCGAAUUCACUGUCAGCGAGUUCCUCAGUUUCCUGUUUUCGAAGGAGAAUUCUGUGUGGGAUGAGAAGUUCUCAGAGAUCAACAACCUGGACAUGAACAAUCCUCUGUCCCAUUACUGGAUCAGCUCCUCACACAACACAUACCUGACAGGUGAUCAGCUUCGUAGCGAGUCAUCCACAGAGGCCUAUGUGCGCUGCCUGCAUCUGGGAUGCCGCUGCGUAGAAUUGGACUGUUGGGAGGGGCCUGGGGAGCCAAUCAUCUACCACGGCUGGACCAGAACAACCAAGAUCAAGUUUGAGGAUGUGGUCAAAGCUAUUAACGAUCAUGCUUUUGUCACUUCAGAGUUCCCAGUGAUCCUGUCCAUAGAGGAGCAUUGCCCUUUAGAGCAGCAGCGUCAGAUGGCACGUAUUUUCAAAGAGGUGUUUGGAAACAAACUGCUGACGGAACCUGUGGAGCAGAUGGCUGAGCAGCUACCUUCACCUGCACAGCUGAAGGGCAAGAUCAUACUCAAGCACAAGAAGCUCACUAUGGAGGAAGGAGGAAUCACUAAAGACUUGAGGAAGGGGCAGAAACAAGGAGACCUGGAGAUCUGGGACCCUAUGGACCAGCGGUGGAACAAGCACUACUGUGUGAUCAGAGAUGACAUGCUGUACUAUGCAGAGGAGGACGAGGAGCAGGAAGAAGAUACCAAGAAGUACCAGGACCUGCACUGUUCACAGCCAUGGUUUCACGGUCGCAUGACGGAGGGAAGGGUGAUGGCCGAGCGAUUAAUCUAUGAUUACUGUGCAGAGACUGGGGGAAGAGACGGCACCUUCUUGGUCCGAGAAAGUGAUACUUUUGUCACAGACUUCACCCUCUCCUUCUGGCGCAGUGGGAGAGUCCAGCACUGUCGUAUUCACUCCGGUUCAGAGGGAGGACACACUUAUUUCUACCUGACGCCAAAUCUGCACUUUCCAACCGUGUACUCCCUGAUCCAGUACUACAGGGAAAACCCACUGCGCUGCCAGGCUUUUGAGCUGCGCCUGACUGACGUUGUACCGCAGCCCGACCCACAUCUACAAGAAGGGUGGUUCUACAGUAACUUGAGCAGAGGUGAGGCAGAGGAUUACCUGCUGAGGAUUCCCAGAGAUGGAGCUUUCCUCAUCCGGCAGAGAGAAGGAGAACCAGACUCCUUCGCCAUCACCUUCAGGGGUGAUGGCAAGGUGAAACACUGCCGGAUUCAGAAAGAGGGCAACAUGUACCUGCUGGGCACCACUACAGAGUUUGAGAGCCUGGUGGAGCUGGUCAGCUACUUCAGGAAGAAGCCGCUGUAUCGCAAGAUCAAGCUACGCUACCCAGUGACCCCGGAGCUGGUUGACCGCUUCAGCACGGAGAAGGACUGUGCCUCUCUGUAUGAGGUGAAGACAUAUGUGGAACCCAACGAGAUUGAGCCCUCACUGCCUCAAAAUACAGUUAGGGCUUUGUAUAGCUACCAGGCUACAAUGGCGGACGAGCUGAGCUUCAGUAAAGGAGCUCUGAUAUACAAUGUAACAAAGGAGAACGAUGGGUGGUGGAAAGGUGACUAUGGUGGAAAGAUCCAGCAGUUCUUCCCAUCAAACUAUGUAGAGGAAGUGUCCAACACGACGUGUCCGGGCCAAUCUGGGACCGAAGGACAGGACAUGGAAGACAACCCACUGGGUGAACUAUGUAAGGGUGUGGUGGACAUCUCUAAGUGCCACAUCCUAAACUUGAAGAGUGGUAAAAAUGGGAAGCCCCACGUGUUGACCCUGCAGGACAAGGAGCAGGACAGUCUGCAGUUUGACCUGGCAGCAAGCUCUGUGGAGGAGCUGUUUGACUGGUACCAGGUGGCCUGGGACAUUACACAGAGAGAGAUGAGCAAGCAGUACCACAAGGAACAAGAGAUGAGACAACAGGAGCAAGUGGAGAAGAAGGCAGAAGUUGCCAUGGAGAUGUCUGACUUGGUGGUCUACUGUCAGCCACGCAGCAAAGAGAAGGAUCGCUUUGACUCUUGCAAUUACAAAGAGGUCCGCUCCUUUGUGGAGAACAAGACGCCAGGAAAGAACCGCACCAAGGACUUCCUGCAAUACAACCGCAAGGCCCUGAGUCGUGUUUACCCUAAAGGCCAGCGUGUGGAGUCCUCCAACUAUGACCCUUACCCACUGUGGGUAGCUGGCUGCCACAUGGUGGCUCUCAACUUUCAGACUGCAGAUAAAUACACCCAGUUGAACAGUGCCCUCUUCAGUCUGAACGGACGUACAGGCUUUGUGCUACAGCCGGAGUUCAUGCGCUGUGACAGUUACGACCCUCACCAGGAGAAGAAGAAGGUCAAGUACAACAUUGUGGUUAGGGUGAUCGCUGCCAGACACCUUCCUAAACCCGGCCGCAGCAUUGUAAGUCCAUUUGUAGAGGUCGAAUUAUGUGGAUACACAGAGGAGAAGUUCAAGACCCUCGUCUAUCGUGAUAACGGUCUGAACCCGGUGUGGAAAGCCCCAGCAGAGCCUGUAGUCUUCACCGUGUACGAGCCUGAGCUAACCUUCCUGCGCUUUGUGGUCAAUGAAGAGGACAUGUUCUCAGACCCCAACUUCCUGGCUCAGGCCACAUUUCCUGUCAAAGGCAUCCGCUCAGGCUACCGCUCGGUACCUCUGAAGAACGGCUACAAUGAAAACUUAGAGUUAUCUUCUUUGCUGGUCUACAUCAAUGUAGAGCCAGCAGGGAAAGCAGAGGAGGAGCUGUACUCCUCCUCCAGCCAGCUAAGAAAAAAGCAGGCGGAGCUCAGUGAACCCUUCCUGUACGACACCCACACCAACAUUCAGCGCCCCGCCCUCCCUCGCCAACACAACCACCUCAUGAGGGAGGUCAGUACCAGCGAAAAACACAGGGCAAAAGAAAAAAAGAUAAACAAUAGUAUGUUCUACUCCUGAGGACUCGCCUGUCAGUGUCCCAUGUCCUUCCUGCCUGAACAGUGGCGAGAUUUGUGAUCUUUGUGCUUCAUAGUUUUCCAGUUGCUACACUUUUUCCAUUCUCAUAUAGUGAAAAUAAUCCACUGUCCCCCCAAAGAGUGCAUUUACAUUUACUUUGUACAUGCACAUAUUGGAAGACAUUAGCAUAAUUCUCAGGGGGGCUUCUUUAAAAGUCUUCUGGGACAUAUAGGAAACCAUAAACUUAAGUAGAACUUAUUGGGGCAGGUUAAGGGGAGGUGACUUGCAUAACCCCUCUUGUAGAAGAAAAGAUAUGUAGUUGUACCAUUUCCUUUGAGUGCGUCCCAGACGGUCACUGUAGUGCUUAUUAAUUCUGCAUUCAGUCUGUAAUCAAACUGCAACACUGAUGCUUACUGUAGGUGCUAUUUAUUUUUAAGGGAGGAAUGUUUGCUACAGCUUGUGUUGAAUCUGUCUUUUGGGUUUAAUUUCAAGCGCUGAUGAAUGUAAAAACCUGAUAUGGAACGAGUUGUGAGUGCGAUGACUUGGAAAAGUCGUUUUUACCAUGUGGUGUGAUCAGUGUGACAUUACUUUCUAUGUGAUAAUGUUUAUGUCUUGUUUUUUAAAGUGAAGUCAGAUUAAUGAAAACAAGUGACUUAGUCCAUAAUGAUAUGAACAGCUGAUGUAUUUAAUAUGAAGGCACAUGAUGUUUUUAGCUUUCUGUAAUUCCCUGGCAUCAAGGUGCACUAAGUCAAUAAAGCGUGC